CAAGGACAUUGAGCAUCUCGUGUACUUGUAGAUCUGCGCCUUUGUUGCUGUCUGAGGUGACGGGUAUCGACACAUCUUGAUGUCCUCUGCAGCCGACUCGCGAACAGGCGAGGCACUGCUCAACAACACAACCACAGCGGCAGAGAGGAGAGCGACCUUCUUUCUCACUGUCUGUCUGUCUGUCUGCCCGCAGGUUCAUCUUCCUCACGUUCUGUUUGGGCAGCGACGACAGCUGCAGGUGGGAGCGCACGAGUGCCCGCCUGGAUGGGAUGCGCCGAAUGUGAUGUGUCCGUCCGCUAUCGCAUCAUGAAUCGUCCGUCUUCUCUGCUGCGUGUGUUCAGCUGCUCACCCGGCACGGCCGUCGGAACACAUACCUUCGUCGUCAUCCUCGUCGGCUCAUUCUGGCCAUGACCACCUCCACCCAGCUCCACCCCAGCCACCCCCGCCAUCGCCCCCACUCCCACCUGCCGCAGCGUCUGCAUCUGCUGGCGACAGUCCCUUCUACCCACCCAGAGAGGGCGGCGCGCGCGGCAUCGGCAGCUUCUACACGUCUCUCUCAGAGGACAACUCACCCGGGUACGUUCGCGAGUGGGAAACCGUUGAUCUGCGAGGCGACAAUGGCAAGGAGGGCGGCGAGCCGUCCCAGCAGCAGGCCAAGAAGUCCUCCAAGGUCAAGAUACGGCUGCUGCCCAAGUCGCUGAGGAGGGCCAGGGGCGGCAGUGAGGGCAGCAAGGCCAGUGCCUCUGUGGUCGCUGGCAGGAUGUCUGAGGAGGUGCUGCAGGAGCUGACGCAGCUGCAGAGCUCCAAAGAGGAUGCAGACGCACAGCUGCAAAACCUGCUGAAGGUAUGUAAAAGGGGCAGGGAUGGACACCACAGAAGGACGCUGGGCGAUGCAUGGUGAUUCAUCGUGUUGUGGACAAUCAUCAGGUGAAGUCGUUUCUCGUCCAGAAGCUGCAGGAGUGCGAGGCGGCGCUGCUGACGACAGCCAUGGAGCGAGACGACCUGGAGAAGACACUUCAUGAGCUGCAGGAGGUCAGGAACAGUAGAAUGAGCUCCGAGAGCACUCCCAUCAGUGCCAACUUGGCUCUAUCUGUGUCGGUGUGUGUCAUCAUCAGGCUCUCCAGCGUCGCGAGAGUGAGAUAGAGGCUCGGAUGGACACACAGGACGUGCAGAUCGCAACGCUCACCGUACGCGACCUCCAGCCACUGUGGGGCGACUAACUCAUCAAGUGCGAUGGGUCCGUCUGUCUGUGUGCAGGAGGAGAAGAGUGCUCUCGAUAAGGAGGCUUUCCGACUGAGGGCCGAACACAACUUGCUGACGGCUGAGCUCAAGGUAAUGAUAUGACCCGAUCUGAUCACACACAGUUCAUCCAUUUCUUCGCAAUCCUUGUCUGGUCAGGAUACGGCUGCCCGCCAUGCAGCUGAGGAGGAGGAGCUGAACAAGGCCAUCGAAGACCUCAACGCGCAGAAAAAGGUAGCGCUGGCUCUCGCACACCAACAGGACCCUUCAUCCACGUAAUCAUGUGUGUGACCUUGGUGUUACUUUAGCUGCUGGUGCGAGAGGUCAAGACACUUCGCCAGUCGCUCGCCACAUCUCGCGAGCAGCUUGCCAACGCCCUCGCCCAGCUUGACGAGUAUCGCAGCACCGAGCAGGCCGCCCCGGCCUCGGCCCCACCCCCUCCCCCGCCACCCCCACCACCCCAAGAGACAGAGACGGCCGUGACGGACAUCAUUCGAGAGACGGAGGACAGCCUGUCGCCUCCCCAGAGGUCCAGCAUGCCGCCGUCAUACCGCUCCAAGAAGGAUGGCAGUUUCUUCCACCAGGUGCUGAAGAUGGCCCAGCCCGUCCUGGAGAAGGGCAAGGAGCUGGCGAGGGGUCAGAGCCACGUGCUGCAGACCACCCCACUGGUGCUGGGAGGCGACCCAUCUGAAGGCGCAUUUGAGGCGAUGCCCGCUGCCUUCAUCACGCCGCCCGAGGGAGCCGCCUUCAUUUCGUCGACGGACAGCAGCAGGAGCUCCCCUUUGCCGCCCCCACCCCCUCCGCCCCCGCCACCCCCGCCCAACCCAUCUUCCAUUCUGUCACAAGACCCAAGUUUCCUGUCGCCGCAGAGGGAAAAGGCGAGUGCGCUGAUCAGCGACCUUUCGCCAGGCACCAAGAGCGAGAAGGACGACUUCCAGGAGUGUGCCGAGGAGGAGGCGGGCGAGGUGCCGAGGGACGAUGUGGAGGUGCAGCUGGAUGGGUGAAGAUGGUGUCAAUAGUUAACUGAGAGAGACAGUCACUUUUUGUGCCAUGUCGAUGGAAUGCCAUGGGAGAUGACACGUGUAGGGGGAUGCGUUCAGUUCGGUACAUGGGGUGCCCAUGAUACGAUGAGUGAAUGGCACGUAGCUGUGUGUGAGGGGCGGGGCCGACGCAGGGCGGAUGCGAC